AUGGCGGCUCCACCAUCUGGACAACCUCAAUUCAUUUCUAGUUCCGGCGGUAACAGAAGCUUAUCCAGCUCUCCACUCAUCGACAACUCAGAUUCCAAUCAGAUUAUUGUCCCUGAGAAGAAGAGCUGGAAGAAUUUCUUUGCUUACUUAGGACCUGGUUUUCUUGUUUCAAUUGCUUAUAUUGAUCCUGGAAACUUUGAGACUGAUUUGCAAGCCGGAGCAACAUACAAGUAUGAGUUACUUUGGAUCAUAUUGGUUGCUUCCUGUGCGGCUUUGGUGAUUCAAUCUCUGGCUGCAAAUCUUGGUGUUGUCACAGGAAAGCACUUAGCUGAGCAUUGUAGAGCUGAAUACUCCAAAGUUCCAAACUUUAUGUUAUGGGUCCUUGCAGAAAUAGCAGUAGUGGCUUGUGACAUCCCAGAAGUAAUCGGAACAGCUUUUGCUCUCAACAUGCUCUUUAGCAUACCGAUUUGGAUUGGUGUUCUUCUCACAGGCUUAAGUACACUGAUGCUUCUUGCACUUCAACAAUAUGGGGUGAGGAAGUUGGAGUUCUUGAUUGCAUUUCUUGUGUUCACCAUUGCUAUAUGCUUCUUCAUUGAGCUCCAUUACUCAAAGCCGGAUCCAAAAGAAGUGCUGCAUGGUCUCUUUGUUCCUCAGCUUAAAGGAAAUGGUGCAACUGGUCUUGCUAUCUCUUUGCUCGGUGCCAUGGUUAUGCCCCACAAUCUCUUCCUCCACUCGGCAUUGGUUCUAUCAAGAAAGAUCCCACGUUCAGCUACUGGCAUCAAGGAAGCUUGCAGGUUUUACUUGAUAGAGAGCGGUUUGGCUCUAAUGGUGGCCUUUCUCAUAAACGUCUCUGUGAUAUCAGUAAGUGGAGCUGUUUGUAAUGCCCCAGACUUAAGCGCCGGAGAUCGAGCUAGUUGUGAAGAUUUGGACUUAAACAAGGCUUCGUUUCUUCUACGUAACGUUGUUGGAAAAUGGAGCUCAAAGGUAUUCGCAAUCGCACUUCUUGCUUCCGGUCAAAGCUCAACGAUAACCGGAACUUACGCUGGACAAUACGUAAUGCAAGGGUUUCUUAACCUAACACUCGAGCCAUGGCUCAGAAACUUCUUAACAAGGUGCUUAGCUAUAAUCCCGAGUCUGAUCGUUGCUCUCAUUGGUGGUUCAGCUGGAGCCGGAAAGUUAAUCAUCAUUGCCUCGAUGAUCUUAUCCUUUGAGCUCCCAUUUGCGCUUGUUCCUCUUCUCAAGUUCACUAGCUGCAAAACCAAGAUGGGUUCACACGUCAACCCAAUUGCGAUUUCAGCUUUGACUUGGGUCAUUGGUGGUUUAAUCAUGGGAAUAAACAUAUACUAUAUAGUAAGCAGUUUCAUUAAAUUGCUUAUCAAUAGUCACAUGAAGCUUGGCCUUGUCGUCUUCUGUGGAAUUCUUGGGUUCUUGGGGAUUGCGAUCUACUUGGGUUCUAUAGCUUACCUUGUCUUCCGGAAAAACAGAAAAGCCACUCAUCUUCUUGCUUCAACAAACUCACAAACUGUGGAGACACUUCCAAGACAAGACAUUGUGGACAUGCAGUUACAUGGUAGAGUGUCUACAUCCGAUGUUAAUUAA